AAAGAUUAUUAUCGAGUAUAUAGCAAUAAUUAUAAAUGAAAUCGAGCGCGCUUAAAUGAAAAAAAAAUAUUUUCUUUUUUAAUAUAUAUUUUUAAUAUACAAAUAAAUAAUACAUUCCCGCUCUUUUCAUCGAUUCUCAAGGAAAACAACUAUAGUUGACGAGAAGUCUUUCAGUAUACAGAUGAUGCGUCAGAUAAUAAAGCUAAAGGUAUACGUGAGUUCCACAUUUCAGCUCCGCAGGAGCUGCGCUAACAAGCUUUUUCUAUGUAAGUCCUAUUUGGUGGAACUCCUUUCGCGGCACCCUCACCUGCGGCGUUUGUGUGUGAGUAUUUUUUUUAUAUAAGUCCUAUUUGGUGAAACUCCUUUCGCGGCGCCCUCACCUGCGGCGUUUGUGUGUGAGUAUUUUUUAUGUAAGUCUUAUUUGGUGGAACUCGUUUGGCCGCACCCACACCGGCGGCGGUUGUCUGUGAGUGUGCAUUUGUGUUAGUGACUAUCGAUGGAACUCAUUUUGCAUGAUUCUCACCUGCUGGAAUGAUAUGUUUGCGAAAGGUUAAGGAAUCAUGAUUGUUUAAAGCGUUUUCGGGUUGAAAGCUGAAAGUGGAAAAUUCGAAUUGGAUGGUGUGGAUAUGGGUGUUAGUAUGAAUAAAUUACCCACACUCUCAGGAGAAAAAAAGCGGCCUCCUGACGUUUCGUCGCGAUCAUUCCGAACAUCCGUCUUUAACACCGGAUGUUCGGAAUUGACAUUUUAGUUCUACAACGGAUGUUCGGAAAACUCGUUAAAAAUUUUUACGAACACUCGUUAUUUUCCGAUGAUCGUUUCGAACACCCGUAUUUUUCUUAUUACGAACAUCCGAUAUUUUUAUCUCAAAAGUGAUGAUCUUUUGAAGAAAAACGGAUGUUCGGAACGGACUACGACAUUGGAUGUUCGGAAUGAAAAGUAGCGACGAAACGUCAAAAUGCCAAAAAAGCUCUAUUUUUCACAAGAACUGUUAAAAAUAAAGCGACUUGUAGUUUCGCGUACAGUAUCCAUAACUUCUAAAUAAUUGAAGCCAAGAAUCAUAGUGUUGCACAGUUUUAUGAAUCUUCAACUGUUGCUUUCCAUAAAUAUUAAAUAGUUGAGAACUGCUUGUAUUCUGCUAUGAAAAACGUUGUUCCAGAAAACGCUAAAUUGAAUAUUUCAGAAAAACCAAGUCGAAAGUAUAUAACGUAUGAUUCCAUGCGUCUUAAUUUCCUCUUUCCAAUGGUGAAAACCGCACCUCUCAAUCUUCUUCCUUUCAAAAGUUACAUCAAAAAUACGAGUUGCAGUCAUAUUGUUGUUGGUAGUAUCUCUGCUAUACCUCCUAUACCUCCUAUACCUCUUAUACCUCCUAUACCUCCUAUACCUCCUAUAUCUCCUAUACCUCCUAUACCUCCUAUACCUCUUAUACCUCCUAUACCUCCUAUACCUCCUAUAUCUCCUAUACCUCCUAUACCUCCUAUACCUCCUAUAUCUCCUAUACCUCCUAUACCUCCUAUACCUCUAUACCUCCUAUACCUAUAUAUCUAUCUACCUCUUACCCAUAGGACAUAAUCGAGUUUCCGGGGAUACUCUCAGAAGACAUCGUACGACGCGUUCAGCAACACUACAAUCACCACCACAAAGAUCAUCACAACAUUUAACACCACAAUCACCACAAUCACCACCACAAAAAUCAUCAUCACAAUCAACAAUGAAACAUUUAUAUUCACAUUCACCAACUUCUACUACUACAACAUCACUAGUUCUUAUUUCGCCUAUGCAACAACAACAGAAAUUACCAAAUCAGGCGUCCAACACCCAAUCAACAACAGUAUAUCUAUAUGAUUCAUUAUUAAAAGGACCAACUAUCCAAUUACUUGAUACAACCAAACCCUAUGAAAUUGGUGAUACAAUAAAAGUAGGUGGUCGCAUUCUUCAAUCAGAUCCAACAUCAAUGAAAUAUUGGUUAGAAGAUGAUUUAACCAUUACUGAAACAGUAACCGGUGGUCAUAUACUGAAUAUGGCCGGGUAUUCGUAUUUAGUGAAGAAUUCUGAGAAAAAUUUUACUACUUGGAAAUGUGAACAGCGAUGCAAUCAUCAAUGUUCAAGAAUCACUAUACGAUCAUCUGAUCCUAAACUUAUAUAUACUUUCCGAAUCUAUUCUAUUCAAGGCGAUCAUAUACAUGAACCAACGCCAAACAACGUGGAAAUUCGAAAAUUUAAACAAUGUAUUCGAACCAGAUGUUUAAAUGAACUUUCAAAUCCACGAACAAUUUAUGAUAAUGAAUUGUUCAAAGGCAAAUAUACAGCUGAAAUGUUGAAGGUUUUACCAACUUUUUAUAAUAUGCGUGAGUAA